AUGUGUUUUGAGAUCUUUUCAAUGUUUACAAGAGUGGAUAUCAACUGUAAUGUACACUAUUAUGGAAUUCCACAACCGACCAAAGAAUUUCCAUUGGUCUUAUUUGCUGGAGAUAACUACAACAAUGAAACUGAAGGAAUCAUUCAUAGAUCAAGACCUGGUGAAUAUCGUGUUUGGGCACAGACUCUGCCAAAUGCUAUUCAAGAAUUUGUGUUUCGCUCGCUUCUUGUCUUACCAGGCUGGAAACUAACAUUUCAAGCAUGUUGCCCUUCAGGAAACAGGUGGACAGCAUCUGUAUCAAAUGUUAGUAAUAUCUCUAGUCUGCAUUAUUACAUGUUUGACCAUGUGAGGAUUGGAGAAGGAAUUUUUUAUACUCAAUGGCUGCAUUGGGAUCAAGAAUUCUCAGUCAAGGUUGAUCAUUGUGAGUUUCCUGAAUUGUGCACAAAUUUAACAUGUGCAAAAACAUGUUAUUUUGGUUCUUGUGGAUUGGAUGGGACAUGUCAGUGCAAGGAGGGAUAUUCUGGAGAAAGCUGUGAGAAACGUCCACUUGUUUCAGAAGUCUACCCCAAUCUUACGUAUCCAUUACUUCUGUUUCCACAAGCAUAUUUUCAAGGUACUCCAGUCAAAGUUGCAGCUGGUGUCUAUCAGGAAUUUGCCAAGAAUGCAGAGAAUAAAAGGACAUUUAUAUAUUUAUCAGCAAGAGUUUUGUAUACAAGAACUAUCUCAUUUUCUCGUAACAAAGAGACCGACCAAGUUAAUCAAAUUUCUCCUGGAUCUGAUAUUGCAAACUUAGAGUUCUUCUUUGCAUCAAAUAUGGAUUUUGGAACUCCUCUUUGGUAUAAUUAUGCCAAGACCAUUGACUCUAUUUUUUAUAUGAAAGUGGCUGGUGAGAAUCAAUGUGCCAGCUGUAGUGAAGAGGGUGGUUGUUGCUAUACAGGUCAGUGUGUGUGUUUGCCAGGAUAUAAUGGGACAUUUUGUGACCAAAAAAUGUGAUGAAGUCAUGAACUGAAAAAACUUUCAUACAUUGUACAUAAAUUAUUUAACUGUUGUUCCUACUUGUAAAUUUUAAUUUAUCUGUGAGUUGAAAGUAAAUAAAGAAAAGGUAAUUAAAACAAGCUUGGCUAAUAAUCUUUAGCAUGGCAAACAAUAAUUUUUAGUCA